CUUGGCUGUGCACUAGACUGCAUUCCAAACAGACGAUACCAUCGCUUCAACAGCAGGCUCUCACGCAAGAGAUUUAAAACAACAAUACAAGAAGUAGAAUCUCUAAAAAUGGCAUCCAGCCACUGGAAUGAAACCACUACCUCCGUUUAUCAGUAUCUUGGCUUUCAAGUUCAGAAGAUCUACCCCUUCCAUGAUAACUGGAACACUGCCUGCUUUGUUAUCCUGCUGUUAUUUAUUUUUACAGUAGUGUCUUUGGUGGUGCUGGCUUUCCUUUAUGAAGUACUCGACUGCUGCUGCUGUGUAAAAAACAAAACUGUCAAAGAUUUCAAACAUGAACCUAACCCUCUCAGGAGCAUGAUGAACAACAUUAGGAAGAGGGAAACGGAAGUAGUGUGACCGCCUGCUGAAG